GGAGAAGAAGAAGAAGCUAGCCGUACCGCCGUAUCUCCAGUUGUUGAAUGGGAGACAAAGCCACAGCUUUAUAUUUCGAUUAAUUUAAUUACAUUUACAUGUUAUCAACAAUUAGUGGAAGAUUUAAUGAUGAAACAUUAUGUUACAUAGAUUAAAUUAUGAUUGUGUUCGUGGUAUUGGAGUAAAAUCACCACGACGCGACGUAAUACUUCGACACGCCCAUGGUUUCGUCUCAUACGACAUCGCGUCGUUUUACGUAAGGCAGGCGCUCCGGUUUCCUGGCGGAGAAGAUGGCGGCUCCUGGACCGGGGGAGUAUUUCAGCGUCGGGAGCCAUGUCUCUUGCCUCACCUGCUUGGGCCAACGUCUGCAAGGAGAAGUGGUCGCGUUUGACUACCAGUCCAAGAUGUUAACUCUGAAAUGUGCUUCCUCCAGCGGUAAGCCGAACCUCAACGACGUCAUCCUGAUCAACUUAGCCUACGUUUCAGAUGUGGACAUAAUUAAUGACCGCACUGAGACUCCACCCCCACUAGCAUCACUGAAUGUUAGCAAGCUUGCCAAUCGAGCACGGUCAGAAAAGGAGGACAAGCUGUCCCAAGCCUAUGCAAUCAGUGCUGGGGUUUCUGUGGAGGGCCAACAGCUAUUCCAGACUAUUCACAAAACCAUCAAAGACUGUAAAUGGCAGGAGAAGAACAUUAUGGUGAUGGACGAUGUCGUUAUCUCGCCGCCUUACCAGGUUGAGAACUGCAAAGGCAAAGAGGGAAGCGCUUUAAGUCAUGUACGCAAAAUAGUUGAGAAACAUUUUAGAGACGUAGAAAGUCAGAAGUCCAUGCAACGUUCACAAGCACAGCAAACACAGAAGGACUCCACUUUAUCUUCUUGAGUUGGCAGCGUUGGGUCGACCGGCGAAGGCGACGCGGGUGGUUUUGUUCCCACUGCCAGACGAAGUCGGCAUUCCUUGUCCUGAGUCGGAGACCACAAGGAGGAGCGCUGAGGGCCCUGGAUCCAGAAGAUCUAAAUACCAUUAAAAGAAAAAGACAAAAAAGAAAGAGGAAAGAUUAAAUCUUAAAUUAGACUUUAUAAAGAAUAAUUUAAACAUGAACCAUAAAGCAACCAUAGUUUUCCUUAACUAACUCGUCUCAUUCCCCCCCCCCCCCCCCCAUCUCCUCUUCCUCUUCCCCCUCUUGUCCCUGAAGCCUUUUCUUUUUCCGCCCUCCUUCCUUUGCCUUCAGUUCCAUUUCAAAAAGAGAAAACUAGAGCAGUCAGAAAGGCUUGUUAGCUUUAUUUUCUGUCAUUGUUUCCUUUUUUGCUGUAUCCAUGUUCUACUGUCUGUAUUUUCUGUAUUUUAAACAAAAUGUGACUUGAAACGCCACACUUUAAGGACAUUUUCUAAAAUAAAAGUAACAAAAAUUCUGACUGUAA